AUGGACAAAAACUCAAGCUUGAAUUUGCAGGAAAACUCUUUGCUUGGAGCCAAUCAGUUAUUGGAAAAUGAUUCCAUGCCGAACUGUGACGACGAAUUGAAGCCGAAGGUUGGACAAAUAUUUGAUACGUUAGCAGAAGGUAAACUGUUUUACCAGAAUUAUGCACAUAACGUCGGGUUUAGUGUGCGUUCAUCAUCGGAAACUACAGAUAAAAAUGGUGUGAAACGUUGGAAAUACUUUGUUUGCUCGAAAGAAGGUUAUUUACCGGAUAAGAAAAAAGAUGAAGUGCUUGAUGCAGUUGCUGUCAAAUCUAGAAGAAGGAGUCUUACAAGAGAAGGAUGCAAUGCAAAUGCCGUUUUCAAAUGGGUUGAAGGAGGUAAGUAUGAGCUUGCUCGAUUUAAUGAAAGUCAUACACAUGCACUUGCUUCACCCUCGAAGAGGCCAUUUCUAAGAUCAUCAAGAAAGGUGAAUCCAAUGCACAAGAGCUUAUUACAUGCAUAUGGUAGAGCAAAUAUUGGGCCUUCAAAAUCAUUCCACUUAAUGAAAGAACAAUUUGGGGGUUAUGAAAAUGUUGGAUGCACGCAAAAGGAUCUUCAAAAUUAUAAAAGAGAUUUACAGGCUUUGCUCAAAGAUUCUGAUGCAAAUGUUUUUAUUGAUAACUUUAGAAGGAAGCAAGAACUUAAUCCAUCAUUUUUUUAUGCAUACGAGGUAGAUGAAGAAGGCCGACUAAGGUAUGUUUUUUGGGCAGAUAAUAUUUGUAGGAAAAAUUAUUCAUUAUUCGGGGAUGUGGUUUCAUUCGAUACUACAUAUCGAACAAAUAAGUAUUCUAUGAUUUUUGCACCUUUCACUGGUGUAAACCACCAUAGACAAUCUAUUACUUUCGGAGCAGGAUUUUUGGCAAAUGAGAAAAUUGAUUCAUUCACAUGGUUGUUUGAAAAGUUUUUGGAAGCGAUGGGAGGACGUCAGCCAACUCUUAUAAUAACUGAUCAAGAUCCUGCAAUGAAAGUGGCUGUAAAGCAGACUUUUCCUACUUGUUUUCAUAGAUUGUGCAUGUGGCAUAUAAUGAAAAAAGUUUCCGAAAAAAUAGGUGCUUCCUUGAAUGAUGAUGAAGAGUUCAACCAAUCUUUCAAAUCAUGUGUUUGGGGAUCAGAGACACCAGAUGAGUUUGAAGAAACAUGGGACAAUAUCAUUUUUGACUUUGAGUUAGAAGAGAAUGAGUGGCUGUCAUAUAUGUUUGAAAUUCGAAGCAUGUGGAUUCCAACAUACUUUAAAGACGUUUUGUUGGCUGGGAUAAUGAGAACAACAUCAAGAUCAGAAAGUGAGAAUUCGUUUUAUGGAAAUUUCUUGAAUCCUAAUGUCAACUUGGUUGAAUUUUGGAUGAGGUUUGAUUCAGCAAUCGAAGCACAACGACAUAAGGAGUUACUUGCCGAUAACAGUUCAAUUCAUUCCAUACCAAAACUAAUGUUGGAUCGUGACAUAGAGCGGCAUGCAAGAGAUGUGUAUACUCGCGAGAACUUUUAUAUAUUUCAGAAGGAAUUAUGGAUGGCUUGUCUUGAUUGUGGAAUUGAAAAUAAGAAAGAGGAAGAUGGAAUGGAAAUAUUUCUGGUGCAUGAUAAUAGUAAGGUCAAUCGUAAUCUUCGAGAAGUAGUGUACAAUUUGUCUGAUCACAAUGCAAACUGCUCCUGCAAAAUGUUCCAGGCUGAAGGAAUACCUUGUAGACACAUACUUUGUGUUGUAAAGGGAAAAAAAUUGAAUGAAAUACCAAGUAAGUACAUAUUGAAUAGGUGGACUAAGUUUGCAAAUAAAAAACCUGUGUUUGACAUAGGUGAUAUUGUCUAUGAAAAGGCUGGGCAAGGUGGACUCGUUUCAAAUGUCUGGGAUAAGUUAUUUAGGUGUGUGGAGAAGGCUGGGCAAGAUAAAGAAAAGCUGCUUAUUGUGUUAAAUGGGGCUGUUAUAAUGGAAAAAGAGUUGGAUGAGUUUGAAGGGAGUUCUAAGCAAACCAAGACAAAUGAUUUGGGAACUUACAUCAGAACAAAUAUUCCUGAGAAAGUAGAAAUUCUUCCACCACAGUUUGCAAAGACUAAAGGCAGUGGUAAAAGAAUCAAAAGUGGCAAAGAGAAGGCUGUCGAACAACAACAAAAAAGAACGAGACUUUGCAAGGCAUGUGGUGAAUAUGCGCAUCAUGACAGCCGCAAUUGUCCUAACAAAUAA